CAUAGUGUUUUAGGGCAAAUACCGAUUCUCUUCCUUUUUCUUAACCCCAGACCAAACCCCUCUUCUUCAUUUCUUCUGCUACUCAAAAAACUCUUUUAGCUCUCUCUAUCUCUCUCUCCGAGACCAAAAAGGAUUUCUUUCUAGGGUACAGUGUGGCGAGUGGUGUGUUUGGUAAAGAAUAAUCGAUGAUGGAAGUGGAGCCUAUGGAUUUGCUUCGAUCAAAUCUUUCCCGCGUUCGCAUCCCCGAACCCACCAAUCGCAUCUUCAAGCAUGAAUGCUGCCUCUCCUUCGAUACCCCCAAGUCAGAGGGUGGGUUGUACAUCGACAUGUUCACUUUCCUUGCCUUUGGGAAGGACUGUGUGGGUUGGAAUUUCGAGAAGACUGGUAACCCUGUUUAUUUGCAUGUAAAGAAGACUAAGAAACUGGUUCCAGAAGACAGGCCUACCAAGAAACCAACCCGCUUGGCGAUAGGGGUUGAAGGGGGAUUCGACAACAAUGAACCCGAAUAUGAAGAAACUCAUAGUAUAGUCAUUUUACCAAACUAUAUAUCUCUUCCAUUCCCAUCUGUUGAAUUGCCAGAGAAGGUAAGGUUGGCUGCAGAUGCUAUAGUACUAGCUGAGGGUGCUGAACGGAAGGAGCAGGUUGCAGCCUGGACUGCUGAUAAGAAAACAGUUAGUACCUAUGCAAUGAAUUUACAGCAACUUGACAAUGGUGUUGUCAUCCCUCCGUCUGGUUGGAAAUGUGCCAAGUGUGACAAGACGGAUAAUCUUUGGCUAAAUCUGACUGAUGGGAUGAUUCUUUGUGGGAGGCGAAAUUGGGAUGGAAGUGGUGGAAACAACCAUGCUGUUGAGCAUUACAAUGAGACAGGCUACCCUCUUGCUGUAAAGCUCGGGACUAUCACUGCUGAUUUGGAAGCAGCAGACGUUUACUCGUAUCCAGAGGACAACAGCGUCUUAGACCCACAUCUAGCACAGCAUCUGGCCUUUUUUGGCAUUGACUUCUCAUCACUACAAAAGACUGAAAUGACGACCGCCGAAAGAGAACUUGAUCACAAUACCAAUUUCGAUUGGAAUCGGAUCCAAGAAAGCGGAGAGGAAAAGGAACCAAUUUUUGGACCUGGAUACACGGGAUUGGUCAAUCUUGGCAACAGUUGUUACUUGGCAGCAACUAUGCAAGUUGUGUUCACAACAAGAUCAUUCUGUUCAAGGUACUAUAUAAACCAAAGUCUGAAAAAGGCAUUUGAGACGGCUCCUGCUGAUCCAACCGUCGACUUGAAUAUGCAACUGACAAAACUGGCCCAUGGUCUACUAUCUGGCAAAUAUUCUAUGCCAGUCUAUGAGAAUGAUGACAAUUCAAGCAUUGAUGCCACAACUAAGACUCCAAAACAGGAAGGGAUACCUCCACGAAUGUUCAAGUCUGUGAUUGCUGCCAGUCAUCCUGAAUUUUCAUCUAUGCGGCAACAGGAUGCUUUAGAAUUUUUCCUUCAUUUUCUCGAUCAAGUUGAAAGAUCUAAUGCUGGGAAAGCUGAACUAGAUCCUGCAAAGUGUUUCAAGUUUGGUAUUGAAGAUCGAAUCUUGUGUUCAUCUGGAAAAGUUGCAUAUAAUAAAAGACAAGACUACAUUCUAUCUCUUAAUAUCCCAUUGCACGAAGCAACUAAUAAAGAAGAAAUGGAAUUAUUUCGCAAAUUGAAAGCAGAGAAGCUUUCUGAAGGGAAGGAUGUGUCGGCCGAAGAGAUUGUACGUCCAAGAGUUCCUUUAGAAGCUUGCCUUAGAAACUUCUCAGCUCCAGAGGAGAUACAUGAUUUUUACAGCACUGCCUUAAAAGCAAAGACAACAGCAUUGAAGACAGCUGGUUUCACAUCAUUCCCUGAUUACCUUGUGUUACAUAUGAGGAAAUUCGUCAUGGAGGAGGGAUGGGUGCCCAAAAAGCUUGAUGUGUACAUAGAUGUUCCUGAUAUCAUAGAUAUUAAUCAUAUGCGUAGCAAAGGUCAUCACCCAGGGGAAGAACUGUUACCAGAUGCGGAACCCAUUGACGAGGAUUCAAACCAACCUUCCGCCAAUGAAGACAUUGUGGCACAGCUGGUUUCUAUGGGUUUUAACCAGCUUCAUUGUCAGAAGGCAGCUAUUAACACCUUAAAUGCUGGAGUAGAGGAGGCAAUGAAUUGGUUACUAUCUCACAUGGAUGAUCCAGAUAUUGACAGCCCUAUUUCAAAAGGGAACAGCUCUGACAAUGUUGAUCAAUCAAAAGUGGACAUACUCAUUUCUUUUGGAUUUGAAGAUCAUGUUGCUCGAAAGGCAUUGAAGGCAUCGGGUGAAGACAUUGAGAAGGCAACAGAGUGGAUAUUCAGCAAUCCCGAUGCAUCAGUUUCUAGUAUGGAUGCUAGUGCAUCAAACACAACCUCUGCUUCAAAUGAUAUUGGCUUGUCAGAUGGAGGAGGAAAAUAUCGACUUAUAGGAAUUGUUAGCCACAUGGGAACCUCGACACAUUGUGGUCACUAUGUAGCUCACAUUUUGAAAGAAGGUAGAUGGGUUAUUUUCAAUGACGCCAAGGUUGCGGUUUCGGUCAAUCCUCCUAAGGACAUGGGCUAUCUAUAUUUUUUCGAGAGGAUUGAUGGUUGAAUUAGAUACUGUUUUUUUUAUCACAUGUUUGAACAUUGUGAUGAUGAACAUUUCAUCUGUAAAGAGGAUAGAAUGGCACAAACCAGCUACUACACUACAUACCUUUCUUGGUGGCAUGGUAAACACUCAUCUUUGGCUGUACCAUUAUUUUUUGGGUCUGCCAGUUGUGCUUCCAUUCUGUGAGAACUAGACCGAACGUUCAUACCUAUCUCAGAUAUUCAUAGAAAUGAACUGUUUGGAAAUUGAAUAGCAAAGCGUUAUUUGAUGAGUUUAUGCA